AUGUCGGCCUCACCCACAUUCCCUUACUUCCCUCACCUCCCCACCGAGUUGCAGAUCCAGGUCUGGGAGAUUGCUAUUGCCCAUGCCAACCGUAACCGCUUCGUGUUGGUAGACGCCGGUUGUAAGCAGAUUAUGCCCACCCGGUUCCUGUGGUCACCAUUCCUCUCUGUCACCAUCUUGAGUCGCAACACAUACAAGCGUCUCUACCCGGUAGAAUUCCGAGUGAAGUGUCGCAAAUAUUACGAGCAGAGAGACUACGCUCGCACAUUCGACAAGCAGCAACAAGCGCCCAACAAGACCUAUGAUUGCGGUACAUUGUACAUCAGCUUCCGACUCGCCACAUUUCUGCCGUACGGGUUCAAACCCGCCGGUCAACGUAUCAUCAAGCCGAACGAUUUUCGCCACCGGGUGAAUCAAGUCGCCGCACUUGGUCGGAACCACGUGUUUUCGCACCCAACAAGAAGGAUGAAUGGUUCAAGACGGAAGUGGGAAAAGUCUACAGGUCCCGAGUUCCCGUUGGACAAAUUCCCCACUAUCAACGUGUACACGUCCAUGUCCCUCUCUUACAAACUUCUCAGGGAGCUGGUUCCGAGAUCCGGAUCGGAUUUUUUGAAGAAGUGGCUUAAGAUGUCUCCCAGUCGCAUUCGGCGUGUCGAGAAACUCAACGGCGUGUGGCAGCAGCGGAACUACUGA